AUGGCUCUCCAGGUUCCCCGUGCCGGCCUCCAGCUGGAGGAGGACUUCACGGGCAACUUUGAUCACCUGCCCACACAGUCCUUCAUUCUGGACCUGAGUGACGAUGUCGUCGACGGCAUGAUCGAGUCCGUCAACCAGGGCAACGAGAUCCGCCUGUCCCUGGGCAACAAGCCGACGUUCCUGUACGGCAACUCCAGUUACCACAUUGAGCCGACGUUUGAAGAUGAGACCGACGACAUAGAACUGUUCCUCGAGUCCGCCGACACACCGGCCAAAGCCGAGCGCCUCCCCCAGCUCGCCAUGUCCCUCUUCCGCAAACCAGAGCUUGGCAAUCCAUGGGCACACUACCGCAACAGCUCGUCCGAGGACGAGGACGACGACUACUAUGAGCUGGGCUCGUCGCCCGAGCCAGAAGACGGCGAACAAGAUUCGUACGAUGCCCUGAACUCGGACAUCGCACUGCUCCGCGACUCCUUAGCACAACGAGAGGCUGAGAAACACGAAAAAUCGACAAGAGUCAUUGAAGGAACCGCACCCGCGCCAAACGGCAAAUCGACUGCCAAACGUAGCGCCGGCUCCCUGCAGAAGGCACUCUCCGACAGACGGUCACCGUUCAACCGCUCCUCGCUAUCACCAUUACCUACCAGCCCAGCUCUCAGCGCUGCUGGCUCCCCGUCUCUUGUCCCCACCGACGCUGCAUCACAACAAGCUGCCGAGAGGACAAAACAAGCCCGGUCACCCAUUAUCCACGAGCUGGCUUUCAAGGAGCAGCCAUAUGACAUGUUGUGGCAGAAGUACCCAGGAUCAUCCGAGGCCGACUUCAAGAACGCCUUGGACAAGGUCGCCGAUCUGGACGAGGAGACGCAGAACUACAUUCUGCGCAAGAAGUACUGGAAGGAACUGGAUGUCUGGCGGCACGACUAUGCCAGCGAUGAGGAGCGGCAACAGGCCAUCGACAACGCAAUCCGCCAGUUCGACAAGAUGCGGCUAUCGACGACGGAACCCGAAUGGGAGCGGCUGCUUCCUCGCGAAGAAAGGGGCCAGGGCCGCAUCCUGAGCAAGGUGCAAGUCUCCAUCGCCAAGGGUCCGUCGGCACCCAAGAUCCGUGUGCAAAAAGCCGACGAUUCUGCCGGCGAAUCCGGGCACACCAACCACGAAUCCAGCGAGAGCGGCAACGGCAGUGGUAGCAACCGCACAGACGAAGAGGGUGUCGAUUCCGAGGUCACUCUCUCGCCAUCCCGUCACACGACUACAAUAGCUGCUGCUGCAGGCAAGAAGAAGACGUCAGCACGUGAGGCCCAGGAGAAGCGGCUGCUGUCGACCAACAAGAAGAAGAGCCCGCCCACGUCCGCCCCAGCACGCGCAACAUCGCCUUACGCGACGACGACGACAUCGGCCAAGGUAUCGCCCGCAAAGUCGGCCGCAGCGCGUGCCAAGGCCAACGAAAGUACGGGCAAGUUCAAAUCCAAGGAGUUUGUUUCUGAAUCGGAUACGUCGGACUCGGAGUCGGAAUCUGCGCCUCUCGCGUCGACGGUUCACCAAAACCACCACCACCAGUCGAAGCUUGGUGGUACGACAAGCAGCAGCAAACCUUUGGCACCUGCAUCGGCCAAGGCUGCGUCGACCAAGGCCGCCUCGUCUACACCACCCGUCUCUAGGGAACGGGCAUCCUCUGCAACGACUGCUCCUGUGCGUAAGACGAAGCCGUCGCCUGUCAAGGAGCCCGCAAAGACACUGCUUCCGCCGAAGCCACCAUUAAAGAAGCGUGCUCGCGACUACGACGACGACGAUAGCAGUAGCUCCUCGAGUUCUGGCACGCCUCUCAGCAAGCGAAUCAAGCCCCUCAAGUCGGCACCCAAGACUUCGUCUCUACGGGAUGCACGAGACGCGCGUGAUGCUCGUGAUGCUCGUGAUGCUCGUGAUGCUCGUGAUGCUCGUGACGGUCGGGAGGCACGGGCAAAACCUCGACUGUCGGCACAGCCAGCUGCGCGCAACUCAAAUGCUAGCCCCAAUGGAAGCAGCACUAGCAGUAGCAGUGGCGGCGGCGGCGGCGGUGGUGGUAGCAACGGUAACAACAGAGACGGCAGCAGCAACGCCACAUCGAGCAAGGCCAAGAACACGUCGCCGGUCAAGUCGUCUCCGUUGGCAUCGUCACCUCCUACGAAUGCCUCUGAGCUAGACCUCUCGUCCGAAGAUAGUGUACCACCUAUUGGUACCACCAACACCAUGCGGAAGCGCAAGAUGGCCGACGACAACCGCAACAAUAUCUUGACAACGGAGGCUUCACCGAACAGCGGCAAAGUCAAGAAGCGGCGGAACCUGCCUGAAGACCUGGUCGAUAAGGCUCUGCGGUUCAAGGUGUACUACGAAAAGUAUGAGGCACUGUACCGUGACAUUUCCGAUCGCCGGAACCCACCCAAGGACAGUGUUGCCGAGCUUCUCAAGAUGCACGCGCGCUUGCAAGAAAUGAAGAACGACAUACACAACGAGGCAAUGAUACGCGCUUGA